CUUAGAAGAUCCUUCGUGCUCUGUUUGAAACGAAUGCUACCGACAUUUAUUUCCAAAUAUCAGCUUGCCUUGUUUUCAUGCUUGUGUUACAUCUGAUUGUUGUCGAUUGCUUUCCCAACUAGAAUUAAGUGCAUUCUGUGUGCACGCUAAUUCCUCUUCUCACUUUGCUCGUAUUCUUUCCUCUUCUAGUUAACCUCACAUAAUGCUUCUUACUGCUACAGCACGCAAGGUAACUUCAUGCUAAACACAAAAUAACCGAAGCCUGAAGUUACACCGUUUUUGACUCGAUACUAUGCAGGUGUGUUUUCGUUAUUGUCGCUAGCUUCUAUUACACUUUAAAUCCAGUCUAUAUACAUAUAACUGUUUGCUUUGUUCUAAUAAUGUUGAACGCCUAAUUGUACCAGGGCAUUAUGGAAGUUCACCGAUCUGAUACUUUGAAUAUUCUGAUUAGCUUUUUCAGAAAUUUAUACACGUCAGUUUUUUUGUCUAAUAUCAUAUGUAUCAAUGUGAGUAUUGUGACUUCUUAAACUUGAUAUCUUCAGAAAGCAAUAUCAAUCAAUAUAAAAAGUAUGAUAUCAAUCAAGAAAUAUAUAGAUCAAAAUGCACCAUCUUCACAAGAUUUUUAUCAACUUAUACAUUCAUAUCAAUUGGAGUUUGGUGUUAUUCUAUUAAGAGAUUAUAAACAAUUAUUAGAAAUUUAUGAAAAUAUUGAAUUGUCAUCAUUGGAAAAUUUUAAAAUUCACACUAAUUAUCUUAUCCAUUAUACAUGGACAAAAUUGCAUACAAAUCAUUGGAAAAAUGUUCAUCUAUGUUGGCGUAAAUUAUAUUCUUCAUUGAAAUUAUUACUUGUAUUAUAUAGUCUGCAUAAAAUUGAUCCACAAUCGGAGAAUAUUGAUGAACACAGUGAUCAUUAUUCUUCUAUGUUAAAAGAAUUAAUCAAAGAAUUAGAUCUUAGUUUAAUUAUGGGUUAUCCAAUUUUUGAUUGUUUCGCUUCGAAAUUAGCCUCUAAACUUCACAGUAUCGUCAUGACAAAAUCAUCAUCAUCAUCAUCCAUUCGAUCGAAUGAAGUUGACUUGUCAAUUUCUUUUCAAUUAGAACAUGAUCAUGAUCAUGAUGUGGACCAAUUCAUUGAUGUGAAUAUUAAAGCUAAUUUAAACAAAUUAGAUCGUAUCGAUUGUCCAAGUAUUGAAGCAUUUAAUAAUUUAAUGAAAUUAAACAAACCAUUUAUUAUCAUGAAUGCAAUUAAUUUUUGGCCAGCUUAUAAUAAUAAUCAAUUGAAUACUGAGCAUCAUUGGACACUGAAUUAUUGGCGAACUAAUUUCGGGCAUCGAUUAGUACCAGUGGAAAUUGGUUCAAAAUACACAGAAGAGAAUUGGGGACAAAAAUUGAUGACAAUUAAUCAGUUUAUUGAUAAAUAUUUUCAGUCGACUACUACAGUGGACAAAACUGUCAUGAAAGGAUAUUUAGCACAAUAUGAAAUAUUUUCACAAAUACCAGAAUUAGAAAAUGAUAUUCAUAUACCAGAUUAUUGUAGUGUCACUGGUGAUUUAUUAUCUACUGAUAAUUUGAAUCAAAUUGAAACAAAUCUAUGGUUUGGUCCAAAAAAUACCAUUUCUCCAUUACAUCAUGAUAGUGAUCGAGCAAAUUUAUUAACACAAAUUCAAGGUUUCAAAUAUGUUUGUCUGUAUCCAGCAUCAGAAACGAAUUGCUUAUAUGCAUACAAUGAGAAUAUUAUGUUGAAUAAUACAUCGCGAAUUGAUUUAGACAAUGUUGAUUUAAAGAAAUUUCCUAAAUUUCAAAAUGCUCAUGGUUAUUAUGGAUUACUUAGUCCUGGUGAAAUGUUAUAUAUUCCACCACGUUGUUGGCAUUAUGUCCGAUCUUUAUCGGCUAGUUUUUCAGUGAAUUUUUGGUGGAAUGUUUCAGCAUCAUUAAUUACUUCAUGGGGUAGUGAUUAAUAUUUGUACAGAGUUAAUCACUUCUUUUUUUUUGUAUAUUGUGAUUUUUAGAGUAUUGUUUUUUUUCUAGAGAGAAGAUUAUCUUUUACUGAUUUUUAUCUUGUGAAAUAAAGAUUUUUUCUAAAGGAAA